GCUCGUGUGCUGCCCGGGAUGGAGGCAACAAGGAAACGAGUGCUUAAUAGCCGUGUGCGAGGGCAACUUCACCUGCAAGGAGAACGAGGUGUGCGUGAGGCCCGGCGAGUGCCGCUGCCGGCACGGCUACUUCGGCGCCAACUGCGACACCAAGUGUCCCCGCCAGUUCUGGGGUCCCGACUGCAAGGAGAUGUGCAGCUGCCACCCGAACGGCCAGUGCGAGGACGUGACAGGCCAGUGCACCUGCAACCCCAACCGCUGGGGGCCCAAGUGCGAGAACGGCUGCCUCUGCAAGCACGGCAAGUGCGACCAGCGCACGGGCAAGUGCACCUGCGAGCCCAACUGGUGGGGCCCCCAGUGCUCCAGCUCCUGCUACUGCAGCCACAACUCGCAGUGCGACCAGCAGACGGGCAACUGCCUGUGCCAGCCGGGCUGGUGGGGCCGCGGCUGCAACAACCAGUGCUCCUGCAACAACUCGCCCUGCGAGCAGUUCACGGGGCGCUGCCAGUGCCGCGAGAGGACCUUCGGGCCCCGCUGCGACCGCUACUGCCAGUGCUACAAGGGCAAGUGCAACCAGGUGGACGGGACCUGCACGUGUGAGCCGGGCUACCGGGGCAAGUACUGCCGUGAGCCCUGCCCCGCCGGCUUCUACGGGCAAGGCUGCCGCAGGCGCUGUGGGCAGUGCAAGAGCCUGCAGCCCUGCACCGUGGCGGACGGGCGCUGCCUGACGUGCGAGGCCGGCUGGAACGGCACCAAGUGCGACCAGCCCUGCUCACCCGGCUUCUACGGCGAGGGCUGCGAGCAGCUCUGCCCGCCCUGCAAGGACGGGCACACCUGCAACCACAUCAAUGGCAAGUGCUCGCACUGCAACCCCGGCUGGAUCGGAGACCGGUGCGAGACCAAGUGUCGCAACGGGACGUACGGCGAGAACUGCGCCUUCGUGUGCAGCGACUGCGUCAACGGCGAGUGCCACUUCGAGACGGGCCGAUGCCUCUGCCGCGCGGGCUCCCACGGCACCUACCACCCGGGUGGGUGGCGGGCCGGGAUGGAGGCCGGUGCUGCAGGCCUCACCAUGUCCAAGGUGGCACUGACGGAGAGCGAGAGCCUCGAGCGCUUUUGCGCACUGCUGGAGCUGCUGCUCAUCCUGCUGCUCUCGCUGCUCUGCUGCUGCUGCGUCUGUCGCAAGAAGGAUGAAGGCCAUGGCGCCAGCCAAGACCCGGCGGCAGCCAAGAAACCGCCGCGCCGCUUGUGCGGCCGCUUCAGCCGCAUCAGCAUGAAGCUCCCACGCAUCCCCCUGCGCCGCCAGAAGCUGCCCAAGGUCGUAGUGGCUCACCACGACCUGGAGAACACCAUGAACUGCAGCUUCAUUGAGCCGCCCUCCGUGGUGGAGCAGCCCUCGCCCUCCUGGUCCUCCCGCGGCUCCUUCUCCUCGUUUGACACCACGGACGAGGGACCUGUCUACUGCGUCCCCCAUGAGGAGAGCGUGGGUGACGGCAAGGACAGGGGCACGGCCUGCAGCCCGGGGGAGAAGGCGGCACCCGCGGCCGGCACCGAGGAGGCCGGCGAGUACACGUUCCUCAAGGAGACAGGCUCCAUGAGGGCCUUCCCGGCCGACAGCAGCGAGACGCCCCUGCUCAAGUCGUCGGACAGCGAGCGCUCGUCGUGCGGCUCCGGCUCCGCCAGCGCCGCGCUCUACGCCAGGAUCGCCCGGCUCUCCAAGCACUCCAAGGAGGAGGACGAGAGCCCGGCCGAGCCCAGGAGCCCCGGGGGCAGUGCAAAGCCGCCAUCCCCUGAGAGAACCAAGCCCCGUCCCCCCGACCCGUCCACGAAGCCCAAGGUGUCCUGGAUCCAUGGCAGAUACAACUGCAACCAGUCCAACUCGCUGCCGGCGCCCAGCUGCUCCCCGGAGCGCACAGCCGCCUCGCCGAGCAGCGCCGAGCACGGCCAGGGCCUGGCCAAGAGGAAGCGGAGCCCGAGCGAGGCCGCCGGCGCGCACGGCAGAGCAGACGAUAAGGGCGGCGCGCGGGGCAAGGAGAAGGCGCAGAAGCCUCCGAAGGAACCCACCUCUCCAGAGGGCAGGGCUUCCCUCCCUGUGGAGCCGCAGUCGCCCUCCAAGUCCAGGCAGAGAGGCAGGGCCAGCACAGAGCACAUGGAGAACAUCAACGGUGCCGUGCAGAACGCCUUCAAGAAGAUGGACGUGCCCGUGUUAUAUCCCGCAGUAACGGAGCCACUUGCUUGCAGGCGCCGUCCCUCCCUGGCCACGCUGCCCCGGCCGCGCGCGGUCGAGCUGGUUUCGACUGAUGCCCCCUCCGCGCCCGAGGCCCUUGGUGCCGGCGGCAGCGGCUCCCAGGAGAGCUCUAUUUAUGGCCCGAGCCUGGGCGCCCUGUCCCGGCCACGGGGCCCCAUCCGGCGGGGUUGGACGGAUUCGUUUGCCUCUUCACACCCUCCUCGACGCAGACGUCCAGAUGCAGACACUCGCGAGGCGCAGCAGGCGCUGCAGAGGGGAGCAGAAGCCUUCAGCCUGCUGCCAGGGGGCACAGACUGCCCUGGGGGGACCCCCUGA